UAUCGAGAAACGAGCCAAUCGAGAGGCACGGCAUUGAUCCACGUUUGCCUCCGUAAAUCCGGUGUUGCUCGCUUACCAACCGAUAGUUCAUUAUCAUCGCUUGAAACCGUGGGCGGCUAUUAACUCGUGCAUUGGCUUUUGAAACGUUCGUUGAAACGCCGAUACGAUAUAUUCCAUAAUCGUCAUCGCGAUUACUUAGCCACGUAAAACAGAAAUUGCGGAUUAUUUUCACAUCGCGUAGCGUUCGUUACGCACGAUCGAUCGUCUCGAUUCGAGAAUGACGCUUCGCUAUGAGCAUCGAUUACACCGAUACGUAAUAAAAUUACACGCGCGAUCAACGAUUACAUAGAAGGCCGCGUGGACAAAUGGAAACGCGAGAAAGAAGAGGAGGGGGCAAGGAUGGGUUGCGCGCUCGUUCCGUGGAAGCAGCGAGAAAAUUUGACAGUUGGCGGGCAUCUGGCUUCUCCUUUUCUCUCCAGCCGUGGCUGCCCACGUAUACCGGGUGUCGCGUGGGUGUACGUCGCUCGUGCUGUACGUAGUGCACGUAGUGGGGAUCCUUCGGUGGUACUUCACUGGCUCGUACGGAAAGGAAAGGAAAAGAGUGGUGUACCUACAGCUGUGCCUGUAAACGCGAUUAUGUUUCGUCGCUGGCAAACCCAUUCAGUGCUUCUUACGGCACGAAGGAACUUGGUACCGUCGCGUCCUCGCUCGCUCUUCGAAUCGCGUAUUCUCUUCGAGUCGCGGCGAGGAGGAAGUCGCGCGUAGGAUUUCACGGUUUCGAUCACGCGUUUUCGGCCGGGCUUGUUUUUCCGCUUCGAGGAAACGGAACCGCGUGCGUGGACCGCACGUUUCGCGCGUAUACGCAACGCCAGUCGUAACUAACGCGAUAGCAGUGAAAAUUAUUCUAGCAGCGUUUGUGGAAAUAGGAGAAAAAAGAAGAGGAAAAGAAGAGAGAGAAAAAAGGAAAGGAAAAAGAGGGUGCGUGCAGCAUAACGCGCAGCUGUUUCUUUUUCUUGGGAUCGUGAAACAGUUUGGAGGUAACGAGGGAGCGGGAGAAUAGUUUCCGUGAUUAGAAAUUGUACGACGAAGAAGGACAAAUCGAGUGGAGAUAUCGAGAAGAGCGGCCCUAGUUAGCGGAACCGUGGCGAUCGUUUGGCUUAGCGUGCGCUUAACGAGAAUCCUCGCGUCCUGAAACGUUGUCCACGUUGAAGGAAAUGGAUGGAGAUACGAGAACGCGGGAAUGACGGUUGAACGAUCGGGAAAAGGGAAGGAGAAUCGAUAGGCGAGCGGUAAAAGAGGAAGAAGGAUGGUGUACAGAGGCAGUUUACAGACCGACGAUCCCAGGGAUGCACCGAGGCUGGUCAGGAUGUCACCGCUGAGAAGCAGCAGGCCUGUGCCCGAUUCACGAGCAGUUUCCUCCGUUAAUAGCCCGGUGUAUCAUGGCCCGUUUGUGCCAGCAAUCGACGUUCAUCGGGCCAAAUUGAUCGAUGAAAGACGUUUGCCCCGUUGUGAAAGAGAGAUCGAGUCAAUGGAGAAGGUGAUUAUGAGGACGACCGGGCUCAAGGUCGGGGCGCCAAGGCUGCGGAACAUCAGUCAGAUACGGGACACGGUGUUCGUCGAUCCGGCACUGAUACCUAUGGAGAAGAUCGGCCGGGUGGAGAAGGAUCGGCCGAGAACAAUCGCGAUCGAAGGCGCGACCGGUAGAUCGUCCAGGGCGGCGAGCUCCAUGCUGGCCGACUUGAAGGAUCUGGAGAGAUUGAGGAACACGCCCCCGGCUCAGAGGUAUCAGAGGGGGAUCGCGGCGACGAAGAAGAGCGAGGCGAGGUCUUCUAUCGCGCCUAAUAAAAAAUCGGAGAUCUCGAGUUCGGCCAAGAUUCGAUCGGAUAUCUUCAAGAUACAACAGAUGUUUCAAAGCCCCGACAAUUGUCCGAGGACGGUGGUGAACGAGAAGAAGAUGGAGAAGAGGAACGAGUGUGAGAAGAGAUCCGGGGGGGAAAUUAAUAAAACGAGAUUACUCGCUCAAAAAUUGUUGGAGGCGUCUCGAAGUAAUCGGGAGUCGUUGAAGGAUCGUUACAAUAAUCCGAGGAACGCGUCUAAGGUUGGUAAAAGCGUGAACGGUAAAAGUGCGUCGAGUAAGGCGUGUUCGCAGAAGAGCGGCGCGGAUCCCAAACGAUCCGAGAAAGGGAAAAGUGUCGUAGGGUCGGAGGAGAUGCAUCCGCAACCUCCUAUUCGUAAGAGAAAAGAAUCGAAGAACGGACGCAGCUGUGAAACGGAUAAAACUAUCGUGGACGAUCCCGGGAAGGACGAUAAGAAGGAUAUCGAGGAGAGUUCGAGGAGCGGCGGGAACAGAGCGAAAGAGAUCGAAACGUUGUCGAACGACGACAAUUGUUCGAACAACGGCGAUCCAAGGGACGAGUCGAAAGUGAGGACGAAGGAGCUGAACAGGCCGGAUAUUCUGGACGGAUUGUUGAAGGAGUGCGAUCGGCAAAUGGCAGACUUGAAGUCGGAUUUGCACGAGAGAAGGAGAUCGCGAAGCCACUGGAGAGGAUUCGUGCAAUCGAUGAGGCUGCACGACGUCGAGCUUCAUUCGGACACCGAGGAUCAACGAAAGGACCUGAAUUUAUGGAACAAGAGCAUCAGUCAACGAUGGAGGAAACUGAGGAGAAGAUGCUCUGUCCAGGAGAGCUCGGAACCACAGGAGGCUCUGAUACAAGGUGGAACGACCCAGGGAGUUAUUCAACCCGUAAGGUCCAGCCCGGCUAGCAGGGAGUCCUCGCCUGCCGCAAAGAGCCUUCAGGACGGCAGCUCGCCCAAGAAAUUGUUGCAAACUAGUUCCCUCAGAUUACCAGGUACCACCAAGGGUAUAGCCGACAUCCAGCAUGUUCUACGAAGCAAGUUCAGCAAGAUAAACGCCGGUAUUCGGAAGAGGAAAGCUCUGAGCGUGACGGAGGUGUUCUCGCAAAAGGACAACGCGUCCAAUUUCUACGUUCCAAGCCCCCUGACCUCGUCGAGCAGUCAGAACUUCGACGGAGAUGGCUACGAUUCCAGCGAGCCGACCUCUCUUCCACCCUACCCUUUCCACGACAAUCUCGAAACGCUGGCGGAGGGCAGCGUGCCGAAUUCGCCCAAUUGCAGCAGCCCGUUGACCAACGCCGAUAAAACGUUCACGUAUUCUCAAGGCGGUGGCGCGUACGACUCGCCGAUUCUUUGCCACGAUCAAAGCCAGAAGGACGUGUACGAGAACGUGUUGUACGCCAAUUCGUCCCCCAGAUGUUGCCCCAGAUCCAGAGCCGUGUUGCAACGAAGCAACUCGGAGAAUCGCGACGGCUCGUGCAGACACCAGGAACACUCGUACGAGAACGUGCGUUUCCAACGUGGCCACAGGUCGGAGUUGACGCCCUCGGCCACACCCCAUUCCGACAGACACUUGGCGAGAAGCAACUCGGAAACGAGGGACCAUCACUCGUACGAGAACGUCCACUUCCAGAAGAACUCGAAGCCCAGAAGCCAAACCGACGCAUCGUUCGAGGAGAUUCACAUACCGAGGGUGACGCCCAGAAAGAGGAUGACCGAUUUCAAAGUCGGUGGACAGGUGAAUAAUUAUUCCAAUGGGCCUGGAUCCCCGUGCGUGAACAAAGACGACGGCCCGUCCAGUUUGGGGGCAGAAAGAAGCCCCGGCAAGAAGACGACCAGACGAAUGAACAGCAGAAGCGUUGCCAAUAUUCCUAGCUCCUCCGGUUCCAGUUUGAAGACUUGGCAAGGCACGCAAGACACGGACGAAGGCCUGAAUACCGACUCCGAACUCGAAGACAUCGACGAAGCUGGCGAGGGCGAAGAGUCGAGAUUCUGCACCCUACCGAGGCCGGGCAAGGGUGGCGCGUCAUUCACGAUACUGACGGCUAGAUUUCUAAAGGGUCCUGGACACAAAGGACUCGGUUUCAGUAUCGUCGGCGGUACGGACAGUCCUCGAGGGAACAUGGGCAUUUACGUGAAAACGGUCUUCCCCAAUGGGCAGGCCGCGGAUCUUGGAACCGUCAAGGAAGGGGACGAAAUUUUGUCGAUAAAUUCGAAACCUCUUCACGGUAUGACGCACGCCGAGGCGAUCGCCGAGUUCAAAUCCGUGAAAGCUGGGGACGUGGUGCUGCACGUCGGACGUCGCGUCAACAGGAAGAAAAGGGACUCUCUCACGUUACCACCUGCCGGACCACCGCCUCGCCAAGUCAAGUGAAUCGUUGAUCUCCUUCUAUCGCGAAAACCGAAGUUUUAAAAGGAUUCUACGCACAUCACAACUAUUAUUUUCGUUCAGAAUAACGAACAGGGCUCGGUCUGCGUUAAUCCGGCGCAACAACGAAUCGAUUUCAAUUUUUCUUUUUACCAUUUUCCGUUUUGCGCGCGUGCGUUUCGAUAUAACGUUGCUUUUUGAUAAUCGGAUACCAAUUUUCGUAUUCGUAUAAUUGUGUUUAACUUUUAGGCACCCUUCUCUCUUUAAGGAUGCAUUGUUUCGAAACAAUGUGAAUUUGAGCGGCGUGCUCGAGCCGAACGCGACGAAAUAAUUUGUUCAAAGUGAAUUGUAAAAGAACGGAGGAUGUAAUUGAGGUUGCCGAAACGAGAUAUUUAGAGAAACGAUUGUUUCCCACGAAAGUGUCGGCGAAAGUUUUGAACGUUUGAAUUCUCGAGAGAAAAUUUUUCUCUCCUUUGGCGAAGAUCGUAUCGUAUCGAAGAGGUGGAACCUGCUGCCUUCGAAGCAAAAUAGCCAAAGAGAGCUAUGGAAAAUAUUCGAAUUGAAAAAACGAUAUAAUAAUACGACGUAAAUAUAUAUCUAUCGAUAUAAAAUUUUUACUCGACUCUCAAUAAUGAUCGAAAUAUUUAAUUAGCUGUUCACGGCUCUAGCUUUUGUAAUCUUUUCUCGUAUCAAACUUUUUACGAAGAGGAUGUAUUUUUAUCGAAAUUUAGCGUCGGAUGAUGUUUAUUUUGAAAAGAAAAAAACAAAAAAAAGAAAAAAAAAGAAAAAAAGAAGAAAACAUUCUCGAAUCGUUGAAUCGAAGCUGCGCGAAUUGGGGAAGAAUCGAAGUCUUCCGGCUUACUUUAAAUAGCUACCAGACUACGAUUUAUUUUUGUAUAAAUUGCGAGACAUCGUCACGCGAGAAAUCUUGAAAUCCGUUUAAAACAUCGGGCGCGAGUUGAUUUAUCGAGAAAUCGAUAAAUGAGAAAAAAGGAGGACAGAUGUCUAGACGCAUCGGAAUGCUGCAAUUUCUGAAAUUGCCCGAAGGAAUGCGCGUUCAAACAAGAUUUCUCCAAUAUUUCACGUUGUCACGUUCGAGCAAGGAUCGAAUUAUUUUUUAACUACCUUUGCAUAGAGAUAACGAUGAUCGCCCAAAGAUGAAGCCCAAAAAAUAUUUUUACUACGAGAUGAACGAGAAACGUAUAAAAAAAAACGCAUAGAAACGCAUAUCUAUAGAAUUAUAUAUAUUAUAUAUAUAUAUAUAUAUAAAAAUAUAUAUAUAUAUAUUUUGACGGAUCGAACGAGACGCGUUUAUUUUAAGGCGAAAAAAAAAUUGUUAUUAGUAUCUAGUCCAUUUGUAAUAUUUCGUUUUUCUCAACAGGAAUAUUUCUCAAUUCUUUAUCUUUCUUUUUUUUUAUUCGUUUCUUUUAUUUUAUAUAGAUAUCGGGAAAAUAAACGAGAAAAAAAAAAUAUAUAUAUAUAUACACGCAUAUAUAUAUCUAUAUGGUGAUAUACACACGAUUAUAUAUUUCUUGUAUCGAUUUUUCGAGGUGUAACGAAGCCAACGCGAGCGAUCAAUAAAUUGAAAUUUCAAGUAUCGCCUGUCAAAUGAUGUUACUUCUCGACAAUAUAUUCCAUGAUUAAUCGA